AAAUCCCGCCGCCAUCGUCCAUCCUGCCACCCCCUCCAUAGAUCUGCCUGCCUCAAUAAUCCCGCCGCCACCUCCAUCGUGUCGCGCCCCUCCAUCACGCUGCCCCCUUUGGUGUCAUUUGCCUGUGGAAUCGUGAUUUCCCUUCCUGUUUUUUGGUAAACUUUGGGGGAAUUUCUGUUCGUAGGAUUUGAGUGUGAUUGAAGAAAUUUUCCUUGGGGGAAUUCAUGCUGGAGCAUCACUGAACUCGUCUAUGGCUAUUCCCUAGCGAUUUCCUCUCUCAAAUUUGUGUUUAUCUUGGAGCAUUGAUUUAACAUUUUUGUUCUUUCUUAUCUGCAGGAUUUAAAGGUUGUUCUAGGUCCUUGCAGGAUUAAGCCUAACAAAACAGAGAUUUGUGAUUAAAAGUUGGUUCAAGGUUCUUGCAAUAUUAAGCCUAGCAAAACAGAUUCGUGGGCAGCAAGGAAAGGAAGGUGUUGUAGUUCAGAAAAUCCAAAAACAACUAGGAGAUUGUCGAGCUCUAGUGUAAGGUAAGUUCAACUAAUUUACCUUGUUUCCGGUUCAAUUGUGUGUUUGUUCAUUAUCUUUGAGUGUAUGCAGCAAAGUUUUUAUGCUUGUUAUAUGUUCUUAGAAGCUCUAUCAUAUCCGUAAUAACACACAUGGAUAAAUCGUGGAUCGACAAUGUGGCUAGGUACAAUACAACUUUUUUUCACAAUAACUAAAAAAAUGUGCUACGUGGUUAUCUUGAUAUUUAACAUAGAAAUUGCAUGUAGGGAGACAAAGGCCUAUACACAAGGGGUGAAUAGUUUUCUAGCUUUUGCAUUAAAAAAUUCAGCGGUAGGAAGCAAGAUUUUAUGCCCUUGUAGGAAGUGUGUCAACUCAUUUUGGCGGGAGGCUAUUGAAGUUCGAGAACACUUGAUUUGUGAUGGAUUUUUAAAAGGGUAUAGAACAUGGACCUUACAUGGAGAAGCUAGUUCCUCUGUAUUGAACAAUGAAAAUGGUGAUGUCCCUGAGUUCAUUGAGGUGCAUGACGAAGAAGAUGACAUAUCUGAGUUGAUUAAGGAUUUAGCAUGUGGUUUAGAUGAUAGAGGAGAUAUGGAAGAUGAUGGGUCUUUUGAUCCAUUUGAUAAAGAUGUAGCUACCAUUCGUAGGCUAGCAGCAGACAACAGUCAAGAAUUGUACCCAGGUUGCAAUAAGUACUCAAAGCUACGCUUUCUAGUUCGUUUACUUCACAUAAAACUUCUUGGAGGAUGGACGGAUAGAAGUUUUAAUUUGUUGGUUGAUCUACUUGUUGAUGCGUUGCCUAAGGGUUCAGCACUUCCUAGAAACUUUCAUGAAGCUAAGAAAUUAGUGAAAUCAGUGGGAGUUGGGUACACUUCUAUCCAUGCAUGCGAGAACGAUUGCAUUCUUUACUGGAAGGAGCAUGAAAACUCUAAUUCAUGUCCGAAAUGUAAUGUUUCACGCUGGAAAUCAGAAAAGAUGAGUUUGGACGGAAAGCGUGAGUACAAAAUUCCUAAGAAAGUUCUUCGUUACUUUCCUAUCAAGAAAAGACUUCAAAGAUUAUUUGUGUCCUCCAAAACUGCAAGUCUCACAAGGUGGCAUGAUGAACACCGAAUAAAUGAUGGUUUGCUUAGGCAUCCUGCAGAUUCCCCCCUAUGGAAGGAUUUUGAUAAAAAACAUCCCGAAUUUGCUGCUGAUAGCCGAAAUAUCCGUCUAGCAUUUGCUACCGAUGGUUUCAAUCCCUAUAGGACUAUGAAACUUAGUUAUAGUAUUUGGCCAGGCAUUCUGAUUCCAUUCAACUUUCCACCUUCAAUGUGCAUGAAGGAUACAAAUUUUAUCUUGUCUGUGCUGAUUCCUGGCCGAUCUUCUGCUGGAAGUGAUAUGGAUGUAUAUUUUCAGCCACUUGUUUAUGACCUGCUUGAUUUGUUUGUUAAUGGUGUGAGAACUUAUGAUGCUUCGAAGGGUGAAUACUUUCAAUUGCGUGCUGCAAUACUUUGGACCAUCACUGAUUUCCCUGGUCUAGGUAGUGUAUCCGGAUUUGUCACAUCUGGUGAAGCAGCCAAACAUGCUCUUUAUCUCUCCUCAAUUGGUGUUAGAAACAAACGUGAGAUCAACCGCAUGCAGCAUAAAACAUUUCAUGACUGGUUUAGGUUGCAUGUUGAAGAAAUAUGUGAGGAAGCUCCAGAAGAGAUCAAAAUUUUAGCUAAGGGACCAAUGAUGAUUGCACAUCAGUAUAACAGCUACACAGUAAAUGGGUUUGCCUUCCAUACACAGUCCUAUGAUGAAAAUAGGCCUGUCCAAAGUAGUGGUGUAGCUCUAGUUGCAGAUACAACAUGUUUUGAAAGAGGAAAUAAUGACAAUCAAAUAGUAGAUAAAAUCAUCUACUAUGGUAUCAUAAAAGAAAUUCUGGAAUUGAACUAUCACCACAACGGAAAUGUUAUGCUUUUCAAGUGUGAUUGGGUUGAUAAUCGUGUGCACAACAAAUGGGUUAGAACAGAUCAAUUUGGGAUCACCACAGUUAAUUUCAAACAUUUAUUCAAUACUGGUCAAAACAUAUCAGAUGAACCUUUCAUAUUAGCAUCACAAGCAGCUCAAGUUUACUAUGUUGCUGAUCCUAUUGAGACUGAAUGGGUUGCUGUUGUUCAGCCAAAAUCUCGAGAUUUGUAUGGAAGUCAAGAUGCUGAAAAUGAAAUUCUAGGUCAUGUUAAUGAUGUUGCAGAGGUAGUGGCUGAUCUAAACCCAAAUGUGUGUGUAAGUGUGGUUGCUGGACGAGUUCCAUGUGCUAGAACAGAUAUAGAUGGUGUAAUUGUUAGUGGAAUAAAACAGGGAAAUAAGUCUAGAAAGUAA